AUGGGAAAGCUGCAGGUGUGUAUCUGUGCUGCCCGCAACCUGCACGACAACCAGGUGAUCAGCCUGCCGGACCCCUACUGCCGGCUGCAUAUGGGCUCUACGAAGUACAAAACAAAGGUAAUUGAUAACACGCUCAACCCGGUAUGGAACGAGACGUUCCGUUUUCAGGUGGCGGACGAGAAUUCUGCUCAGAUAUGCGUCGAGUUGUGGAACAAGAACAUUAUCUCCGACGAUGUGAUGGGCUCGUACAACAUCUCUGUUGCGAACUUGACGAAGGGUGUGGUGCAAGACGCAUGGUAUUUGCUGUCGCACUCCAAGACAAACGCAGAGCUGCGGCUUCGUCUGUUGGCGUGUGACUUUGGCAAAGACCCGAGGCCCGAGGACGCGUGGAAGGUAACAGCAGACAUCAAUGAAGACCCUGUUGUGAAGGCUGGCGCAAAGCCACCGACUGGCGCAGCCCCAGUGACCAUUACGAGCAACGUGAACAACACACCUCUUGAUUCCAAAAUGGGACCGGCAGUUGUGCCUAGCGUCUUAAUGCAGGAGCAGCAAGUGGCCUAUGCCCCACAGCAAAGCCCACCACCACCGCAACAACCAGGUUACUACUCGCCGCCACCACCGCAACAGCCUGUAUAUUAUCCACCACAGCAACCACCACAGCAGCCUGGUUACUACCCACCACCACAGCAGCAGCCGCAGCCUGGAUAUUACCCACCACAACAACCACCACAGCAGCCUGGUUACUACCCACCACCACCGCAGCAGCCGCAGCCUGGAUAUUAUCCACCACAGCAGCCGCAGCCUGGAUAUUAUCCACCACAGCAACCACCACAGCAGCCUGGUUACUACCCACCACCACAGCAGCAGCAACCCGGCUACUAUCCACAACCGCAACAGCAACAGCAGCAGCCACCGCCACCAUCGAGCUCCACAUACCCCGCCAUGUUGUUUCAGCCCGCUGGUUAUGCGUCGAACCCUAGGGAUCCUAACUACCGCUAUUGA